AUGGGUUACUCCUUAGCAUGGGUCGCCCUCAUCCUUGGAGAGACAGAUGGAGGAACCAUCCGGGGUUGGCCCAAUGGCGGCUCAGCACCCCAGCGCCUUAUGCCACUUCUGGGUUGGUUGGUGGCUGAUGGUGACGGCUCGGAGUUGCUCUCGCCAAGGCUCAUCAGGAUGCCUCCGAGGUCGUCAAGUGGUCGUGCCCUCGAGACAAGCGAACGAGAAGCUGACGCUGUAGAAGCAGGGAAAGCUGAAACAACAAAUGCUAUCACAAAGUCCGAUGAUGGCAGAACCAGACGUGACAAGGCAUACACAAGCAGGUCCUUCAAGCCCCGCCCUCCCCGACAGCGAAAUGCAUCACAGAACCGAGGCCGAUCCAAGUCCAGGCACCGCCAACCACCACGCCAAAAUCAACCACCACGCCCCAACCGUACCUGUUACUUUUGUGGAGGAAUCUAUCCCCAUACUGGAACCUGUCCAGCGAAAGGAAAAAAGUGCCGAAACUGUGGAAAAAUCGGACACUGUGAUUCCGUAUGCCGAUCAGCAUCAGCGAAAGUCAACGUCAUAGAACAAGAUGACUCUGACAAUGACUACAUCUUCGCCAACCAACGUGGCAGCGCUUACGUCAUUCAUGUUGCUAAUCUACCUACCUGCAAAAUGACCAUCGGCAACACUACCCUGUCUGCCAUGAUAGAUUCAGGAGCAUCCGUCAACGUGUUAGACUCCAAAUCCAUUGAUCUCCUUCGAAGUAGAGGGCAGACACUCAAGACACGAAAAGCUAUACUUCCAGAUUGCAACCUGCUAUCUUUCGCAACUGCCAAACAACUCAAGCUGAUCUCCCUCAAUGCAAACCAUGUAACCUGCAACCUCCAACCAGAUCAGCCACAGCGACCACCAACCGCCACUGCCAUGACACAUGAUCAGAUAAUGCAGCAGUAUGGCGACUUGUUUUCUGGCAUUGGGAAAAUCAAAGAUGUCAAGAUCUCUCUUCACAUCGACCCUGACGUAAAACCGAAGCAACAAAAGCAUCGUCGCAUACCCUUCCACACACGCAAAGAUGUCGAGCGUGAGCUCCGGCGACUGGAAGAUGCAGACAUCAUAGAGAGAAUUGACGGUCCUACCCUAUGGGUGAGCCCAAUUCUUGUCGUUCCAAAGCCCUCAGGUGAGAUCAGAAUCUGCGUCGACAUGAGAGAAGCCAAUCGCGCAGUCCAACGAGAACGACACCCCAUGCCUACCCUUGAUGACAUCAUCACUGACCUCAAUGGGUGUACAGUCUUCAGCACACUAGACAUGACAGCAGGCUACCACCAGUUUGAACUGGAAGAAGAAUGCCGCAACAUCACAACCUUCAGCACCCAUGUCGGUCUCUUCCGCUACAAGCGUUUGAUGUUUGGUAUCAACGCUGCCUCUGAGAUAUUCCAGUCAGCCGUGGCACAACUUCUUACUGGCCUGAGUGGAUGCAGGAAUAGCCACAACGCCAGACUGAACAAGAGCAAAUGCAAGUUCGCACAACCAGAAGUUAAGUUCUACGGACACACGUUCAGUGGAGAUGGCAUCGCACCAGACCCAAAGAAAAUUGAGGCCCACAUCAAUGCAACACCCCCCAAGAAUGCCAAAGAAGUCAAGUCUUUCCUCGGGUUAGCAUCAUAUGUCUCACGAUUCAUCCCCAACUAUGCAACGGUCACUAGCCCCCUUCGCGCCCUUACCCAUCAAGACUCCAAGUGGAAGUGGGAGCAGGAGGAAAUCUCAUCAUUCAACGAACUGAAAAGUAUCCUGACAAACACAAAUGUCAUGGUGUAUUUUGACCCUCGCAAACCGACAGAUAUCAUCGUGGAUGCAAGUCCAGUAGGACUAGGCGCAAUGUUGUCACAAGAUGGAAAGAUUGUCUCGUACGCCAGUCGUACACUGUCAGAUGUAGAAUCCAGAUAUUCCCAAACAGAGCGUGAGAUGCUAGGAGUGGUCUGGGCCGUCGAGCGUUUUCAUCUCUACGUCUUUGGUGCCCAUUUUCGCAUAAUCACAGACCACAAGCCUCUCCUUGGAAUCUUCAAGAGCAGCAGGCCAACUUCUGCCAGAAUCGAUCGCUGGCGACUGCGUACAAUGUCAUAUGACUGUGACAUUGUGUACAAGCCGGGAAAAGAUGAUGAAAACCCAGCUGACUUCAUCAGUAGACACCCCGGAUCUCAAGCUCCUAACAAGUCAGUAGCAGAAGACUACAUAAACUACAUCUGUAACAAUGCAGUCCCAAAAGCUCUAACUCUAGAGGACGUCCGUGCUGAAACAGCAAAAGAUGGCAUCAUGCAGAAACUGAUGACAACCAUCCAAUCCGGAAAGUCACACGAUUGGGAUGAUGUAGACAUGCGUCCAUACAAACCAGUUCGAAGCGAGCUUACAAUCUGCAAUGGUGCAAUCCUGAGAGGAAACCGCUUAACGAUUCCCGCAUCCCUGCAACCCACCAUUAUCGAGUUGGCACAUGCCAGUCACCAAGGAAUCGUCAAGACUAAGAGUCUCAUCAGAGAGAAGGUUUGGUUUCCAGGUAUUGACAGAAUGGUUGAAGACAAAGUGAAGCAAUGCCUACCAUGCCAAGCAGCAACGACAAACAGCGCAGAACGUCCUGAGCCACUGAAGAUGACACCGUUACCUUCCGCUCCAUGGAAAGAAGUUGCUGUAGAUUUCACUGGCCCAUACGCAUCCGGUGAAUACUUACUUGUUGUCGUUGACGAGUAUAGCAGAUUCCCAGAAGUUGAGAUUGUGAGUUCUACUUCAGCCAGAGCAACCAUUCCGAAGCUAGAUGCAAUCUUUGCUCGGCAAGGGAUUCCUGACAUAGUCAAGACAGACAACGGUCCUCCAUUUCAUGGACAUGAGUUUGCAAAAUUCACAUCAUAUCUUGGUUUUACACAUCGACGAGUCACCCCACUAUGGCCAAGAGCAAACGGAGAAGUACAGCGACUAAACAGAACACUAGGAAAAGUCAUACGCAUCGCCGAGACUGAAGGUGUAAGCUGGAAACAACAGUUACAUAGAUUCCUUCGCCAGUACAGAGCUACUCCUCAUUCCUCAACAAACCUAUCCCCCAGCGAAGCACUCAACUCCAGAAAGCUGAAAUGUGAGCUACCAGAGAUCCAGUCUCUCAGUCGCGAUGACUCCUUGCGAGAACGAGAUGCCCAGCAGAAAUCGAAAAUGAAGACACUCGCUGACACUCGCCUCUUUGCCAAACCGUCAAACAUCCAGACAGGAGACGUAGUCCUUGUGCGUCAACCCAAACAAUCCAAACACACCUCACCAUUCAACCCCAAACCCUUCCAAGUCACGAUGAGAAGAGGAAACAUGGUGAAAGCCACAAGAGGAGACAAAGUAACCAGACGAAACGUCUCUCACUUCAAAAAGGUCCAAACCCCACCCCCUGACCCCCACACCCUAGAAGAUGACAACAGUGAUGACCCUACAGACGACAUACCUUUAGUCACUGAUUCACAGCCAUCCCAAGAUCCUCAAUCUCUCGUCAAAUCUCCAGCAGUUCUUGAGGAUAGUCCUAAACUGAAGUCCAGUCUUCGUCAAUCCACACGAGUUCGCAAGCCUCCAGUGCGAUUCAAGGACUAUGUUCAGUGA